AUGAGCAAUUUCAAUAAUGAGAGGCGGUUCUUUAACUAUCCUGAGCCUCAGGAGGGGCCUCAUGUGCCGUAUGCUAUUGAACGGAAUAGGAACCCAGUCUUGAGAGGACCUUUUCUCGUUGCUGCUGCUUUUUUGAUGGAAUGGAUUCGAUUUAUUCGUGAGACCGCUUGGGCUAAUGCGGGUUUCGCUUCGCUCCGGAACAUCCGGACUUAUCUUGAGCAUUUCGAGCCUCGCUACGAUCCAACUGUCGUGCCGAUCGCGCUCUCUGAAGCCGAGGCUAAAGAACGCGGUGAGAGGGUUCAGAUUUCGGCUUUGCAGCAGGCGAAUAAUUCUCAGACAUUAAAUCCGUCGAAAUUCUACUCGGCAGCUGAUUAUCGAGCUCUCUAUCUCUCUGGGGAGCUUACCCCGGUUGAUGUUGCCAAGGCGAUUCUGCCUCUCGUUGAAAUCGAAGGCCCGACACCUGGACGGCACGCUCAAGGCUGGAGAGAGCUCAACAUUGAGCGUAUUAUGAGAGCCGCUGAAGCUUCAACGGAACGUUAUAAAAACAAGCAACCUCUGGGUCCCCUUGAUGGCGUACCUUCUGCUAUCAAAGACGACUACGAUUUAGACGGCUACUCAACAACUCUCGGCUCUCCACGAGAUUACACCGAAACCCCCAAGGACGGAGAAUCAACUACGAGCUGGAUCGUACGAAAACUCGAAGAAGCAGGCGUUGUAAUCAUCGGCAAACUCGCCAUGCACGAGUUCGGACUAGAUACGACCGGCAACAACCCCAAUCAAGGAACGCCGCGUAACCCUUUCAAUUCAGGCUAUUACACCGGCGGAAGUUCAUCUGGUCCUGCGUACGCCGUCAGUUCUGGACUUAUUCCUCUCGCGCUGGGCAGUGAUGGCGGGGGCAGUAUCCGCAUUCCUGGGUCGUUUUGCUCGGUGUUUGGGUUGAAGCCUACGCAUAACAGACUUGCUUCUUGGCCUGGUGCGAAUCACUCACCGACAUGUGCUGUUCAAGGACCUUUGGCUGUUGAUAUGCAAUCGUUGGCUGCUGCGUACGAAGCCAUCGCCGAACCUCAUCCUUCAACGCAAUUUCCUCCUUUGGCUCUGCAGCCUUCACCGCCUGUUACGAAAGUCCUCGGAAUUUUCGAUGCAUGGAUCUCACGCGCUACGCCGAGUGUUCAGUCGUUGGUUCGUGGGCUUGUUGAGUCUUUGGCUGCUAAGCAUGGAUAUACGCUUGUCCCGAUUGAAAUUCCCUUUCCUGCCGAGGGUCAGAUGGCGCAUGCACUUACUGUUCUGACUGACGCUUCGACAUUACUUUACGACACGAAGGGGCUAACUCCUGCUAACAAGAUUCUGCUUGCGCUGGGAAGGACUACGCCUUCGACGGAUUAUCUGCUGGCUCAGAAGUUGAGAGGAAUGUUGAUGCAGCAUCUUUCGUAUCUUUGGAAGACAUACCCCGGCAUGCUUAUUAUAACCCCCACUACCGCUUGCGCCGGUGCACCUAUCCGUGGAGGAAAAUCUGAGUUAUCCUAUGGUGUUAACGACGGAAAUUAUACCCUCCAAAGCAUGGAAUACGUCUGGCUUGCUAACUUCUGCGGUCUUCCCGCCAUAACUGUCCCAGCUGGUUACGUUGUUCCCGAAGGUAGAAAAGACGCUGGCGAAGUUGCUGAUAGAGAUACGGAGGGUAAAAUCCCAGUCGGACUUAUGGCUACGGGCGAGUGGUGCAGCGAAGAUGCGCUGUUGCAGUUUGGUUUUGAUGCGGAGGCUGCUGGACAGGACCUUCGAAGCAAACCGCCAAAUUGGGAGGAUGUGAUUGAGAAAGCUAAGGAUGAGGCUAAGAUGAGUAGAGGACCGCGCCGUGCAGCCGGGAGUGAGUAG